GGAGUUGUUUGGCAAACAAGCGAAGAACACUGAAAACUAAACAGGAACUGUUCGUGAAAAUUAAACAGGAGCAUUUUAUUGCGGAAAAUUCCACUUUCUUUGCGUUAAUUCAUUCAUUUUUGGAAUCAGAUUAGUUUUUAUUUUGGUUGAAAUUCCAAUAGCGACAAUCACUAAACGAAUAAAGAUCAAAGAGCACAUUGGAACAGCGAAAUUGUCAAAGAUAAAUACAUCCAAAAUCAUCCCAACUUGUUUUGACAAUACACAAAGGCCGAGAAUCACAUCGCCACAAUGUCGAAAGUUAAAUUCACCAGUCGGACUGUGGAAUCAGCUGUAAAAACCUUAUAUUUGGAUGAGAUGACGGCUGAUGUUCAUUUCGUAUUCGAAUCCAGUGGACAAUCCGAUCGUGUUCCAGCACACAAGAUUCUCUUGAUUGCCGCAAGCAAAGUCUUCCGAGCGAUGUUCAAUGGGCAGUGGAAAGAGAAAGACGAAGUGCCAAUCCCGUAUGUGCUUGCCGCCGAUUUCAAAACGUUCUUACAGUAUUUCUACUUGAGGGAAGUUGAACUGUCCAUGGAGAAUGUGGAAGGUGUCAUGAGCCUCAGUCAUCAGUACGAUAUCGGUGCGUGUUUCAAUGAUUGUACAACACUCUUGGAACGCAGCCUCACUGUCGACAAUGUUUGUUGGAUCUAUUGGCGCGCCAUAUUCUUUGGACACGAAGAAUUGAAGACUGAAUGUGAGAUAUUCAUUAGUCUCAACAUGGAAGGCGUCCUCAAGUCAAGCGGAUUUUUAGGAUGCAACCGAGAAAUAUUGAGCCACAUUCUACGACUCGAUGAAAUGGAUUGCUCAGAAACCAGUGUGUUCAACGCAUGCAUGAAGUGGGUCAAGACCGCCAGCGGGCAAAAUGAAAUAAGUAAAGAAUUGGUUCAAAAUCAUCUCGGAAAUUUGUUCUACGAUAUUCGCUUUGGAUCGAUGACAAUGCAAGAGUUCAACGCCAUUUACACGGCACAUGGAUGUUUAUUCACCGACAAAGAGCAACAGGGCAUCACAAAACUGAUCAAAUCGAAGAUAAUGCAAUGGGAGUCGUUCAAUGGAACUCGUCGUGUGAGCCCAUGGGAGAAGUCGGAUGAAUUUGAUUGUAAUGGAGGAUUGGAUUUAAAAUAUGACGAUGGACAAAUCGAAAUCAUGAAGUUUUCAACAAACGAAACUCUACUGCUGAAUGCGAUCGUUUGUUCUGAUGCAAACUACAGACGAGAUGAUUCAUGUUCAUGGUCAGAAGACGACGAAUUUGAAAAUGUUGUAAGUAAACUCACUGUCUUUGAAAUUGAUCCACUUGGUCCUGAUGAAGCGAAGCCUCGCGUACUUUAUGUCAAUGAAAAUGUGGAACAUCCAAUCGAUGGUGAUUGUUUUGACUAUGAUGACGACGAGGACGACUCCGAAGAUAGCUACGAAGACAACAACGUAAUACGAUUCCCAAAGCCACUCAUCAUCAAACGUGGUUUCAAGUACGAAAUUCGUUUGAAACCAGGAAGGGAAAUAAUUGCUCAUACAUAUUUGUCAUCCGCUGAAGUCAAAAUGAGACGCAACAUCACGUUGAAGUUUGAAGAAGGCACCGUUUUGAAGAAAAGCCUCUUUUCUGGAAAACUGAUUUCGAAACUCAAAUUUGCAACAAUUCAACGAUGAUGCUAUGAUUCAUCAUAAGGACAAACAGGCUUCCCGUUAAAUUUCAGUGAAGUCACCAAUUGAAAUAUACAUAAUUUUCAAACCUCGAUAAAAUUGUGGAAUUCUGAAUAUUAUCAUAUUAUCAAUGUAACGCCAAUUCUGAUUCAUCUAAAAAAUGUUCAUACACAUACAUAAAUUUCAAUGUUUGAAACAAUUCCAGAUUUCACAGACUUUUUAUGUCAUAUUUAUUCUUAGAAUAUUUUUUAAGAAAAAACAAUAAAUGAACGAAUAAGAAGGCAAUAAA